AUGGCCCCGCCGGGCGCCCCGCUGCUCCACGUGGACUUCCCGGAGGUGCCGGCCGCCCUCCUGGCCAAGCUCAACCAGCAGCGCGUCGAGGGGAAGCUCUGCGACGUCUCCAUCCACGUGCAGGGCCGCGUGUUCCGCGCGCACCGCGCCGUCCUCGCCGCCUCCUCGCCCUUCUUCCACGACCAGGUGCUGCUCAAGGACAUGACGUCCAUCGUGCUGCCCGGCGCCAUGGACCCCGGCGCCUUCGAGACGGUGCUGGGCGCCGCCUACACCGGCCGCCUCUCGCUGGCGGCCGACGAGCUCGUCAACCUGCUCACGGUGGGCAGCGUGCUGCAGAUGUGGCACAUCGUGGACAAGUGCACCGAGCUGCUCAAGGAGGGUCGGGCCGGCGCCGCGGCCGCCCACGCGGCCUCCAACCCAACGGCGUCCAACCCGGCAGCGUCGACCCCAACAGCGUCCAACCCGACGGCAUCGAAGGCAACAGCGACGAACGCAACGUCYUCGAUCGCGACGGCGUCCAACCCGACGGCGUUGAAUCCGGUGGCGUCCAACUCAACGGCGUUGAACCCGACGGCAUCGAUGCCGACGGCAUCGAACCCAACGUCAUCGAACUCCGUGGCGUUGAACCCCAUGUCACCGAACCCGACGGUGUUGAACCCAGUGUCACCAAACCCAAUGGCGUUGAACCCAACGUCGUCAAACUCAACAGCGUUGAACCCAAUGUCACCAAACCCAACGGUGUUCAACCCCGCGUCAUCCAACUCAAUGUCAUCGAACUCAACGGCCUCGCCAAACUCAACGUCGUUGAGCUCAACCUCAUUGAACUCAAUGGCAUCGAACUCGGCGUCAUCGAACUCAACCGCGUCGAGCGCCAUGGAACUGAGCUCCACGGCAUCGAGCUCCACGGCGUCGGCCUCGGCGCCCUCGUCCAGCCUGUCGGCGGCCGCCAAGCGCCGCGGCUUCCCCGCCAGGUUCCUGGAGGAGGAAGAGGAGGAGGAGGAGGAAGAGGAGGAGGCGGCCGGGGGCGGCGCGCGGCGGGCGCUCUACGUGCCGCCCCGCAUCGUCCCGCAGAAGCAGUGGGUCUACGUGAAGCGCGAGUGGCUGCACGAGGACCUUGUCACUUGA